AUGGACGAGUCAUUGUCAUGGCGACCUGGCAAGAUCCUGUUCUCUUCCGUUCCUCCACCGCACGCCUUCCCCUGCUUUCUGUUCUCGCGCAGCAACGCGAGAUCUGGUGCUCUCCUUCGUUUGGAUCUAUCUGAAGUAUUUGCUGUUGCAUUCGCUGUCCUGGCAGCUGGGGCUAUAACUCUGACCUUGAAUGUUCUGCUUCUGGGUGGACACAUCAUCUUCUUCCAAAGCCUCAGUCUUCUUGGCUAUUGCUUGUUUCCACUAGAUGUUGGUGCUCUAGUUUGCAUGCUGACGGACAAUGCCACACUAAAGAUCGUCAUGGUGACAAUCACAUUGUCAUGGAGCUCCUGGGCUGCCUAUCCGUUCAUGAGUGCUGCUGUUAACCCAAGGAGAAAGUCUCUGGCCCUAUAUCCUGUCUUCCUCAUCUAUAUUUCAGUUUGUUUCCUCAUAAUUGCCAUAGAUUAA